UCUGGGGGAAGCACUGGGUGCUGAAACUCUUUUUCUUUGUUUCUUUGUUUUUGAGUCAGUCCUUGCGUCAUUUUGAUGUUUUAUCGAGUCAGUUUAGGAUCGAGUCAGUUAAAACUCUUGUGGGAAUUAGGACCUUGUGAUAUAUUCUUUUAACCACCUCGUGCUCUAACAUUCUUAUCCAGUGACCUUAGCAGUGAUGAAAGAGCCCAUACUUGGACCUGGAACACCCUUUGACUCAUCUCAUUUGACUCUCCAGAAGCUCUCAUCCGAUCAGGUUACACUGGGUAGACUCAACUCCACCCAACUUGAACCUAAUCUUGACUGAAAUUCUUCUUGUUAUGGGCACUAGAUCAGGGAAACGAGACCAACGCUCAGGGCUUCUUAUUCUUUUUACCAAUCUUGCUGAUCCUGAGCGGCUAGCUCAUUUUUAGCUAGUUCCAACCUUCUACCUAAACCUUUAUUUUCACCCUCAUGCACUCUGUUUUUCAAUGUCAUAUGUGCAGAUAUGUGCAAAGGGGCCGGAGAGGAUAGUAUUGACACAGCCCCUUACUCGUUGACGCCUGACACUCAGAGAGAAGAGCAAGCAGAUUGAGAACAGUCGACAAGAUCAAUCCUUAAAGAAAGGAACAGUCGAAGGCGCAUGGAACAAUGGCACCCCGUGAGAAACAGAGGAUAGACCCCCAGCGGCUGCAAAACAUUCGUCCUGAUACCUCCCUCCAUCUCCACUCAAAAAAAAAAAAAAAAAAAAAAAAAACCGAAUGCUUUAAUUUAUUUAUGAUGGAGAGGGUAGAUUCGAGAUGCAUGCUGCUGGAAAAGGGUGAGCAAGAAGUGGGCGCAGAUUUUGGAGGAAUAAAAAGAAGUCAAGAGCUGGAGAACAGUGGCACGAUUGAUCCACAUUGUAGAACAAUCUAAUCCGUGAGGCAGAGAUGAGUAAGGGUUGUGGGCUUCAACAGAUCCGUCCUCUCUUGCUAUUUUGCGCGAUAUCCUGCAUGCACUCAAACACGGUAACCCUUAAACACUCUCAGCUCCACCGUAAAACAGCCUAUUCCUUAUCAACCCGUCUACCCUGAAUAGUGCUUGUAAUGAGAAGCUCACGCUGUUCUUAAAUGAUUCUUAAAGGAGUUUUGUCUCGAUAGUGCAACCUUUUCAGGUAUGAGAUACAGAGUACGGAGCUGAUCUUCGAACAGCAAUCGUGGGGUGUUCUGGUAAGGGUGUGCGAUCUGAUUCUACAGCUUGUAUGGUUCAGAGAUGUGUGGUAAGAGCAUGGUUAUUCAGACAAAGCGAGUUCCCGCUCCUUCAAACCUUUCUCCCUGCUCUUGAGGCUUGGUCUUGUUCGAGGACAAACAAGGAUCUAAGUCUGGGGGAAUUGAUAUGUGGUGUUUUGUAUACCAAUACAUGUGCACUUUGAGCUCAUUUUCAGUCCUAAUUCGUGUUUAAUUUACAUCAUUCUAGGUUGGGAACAGGUGAAAGAGUAAAGGAGAGAGUUUCAGGAAGUCUGAUGCUGUUUCGAAGGAUUCAACGUGGAACAGUCAUUUAGAACAACCCAAGGGUUGCUCCUGAAGAGAUCAAGCAUUAGACUGCUCCCGCUCAUUAAGGAAACUUCCUAUUCUGGAGUUUGCCCUAGUUUCGACUUUCUCUUUCUCUUAUUCUCCUAUCACCAGCGCCUCCCUAUAAAAGGGGAGGCUAUCGUUUUCUUAAAGGACACACGAGUUUUACAAGAAACCUAGAUUACUCUUUUGGAUUUUUACGCAACUUGUAAGGGAAAAGGCUCCAUCUCUCAUUCUCACGAGAAGAUUACCCUGAACCCUUUGUCUUUUUACUUAUUUUAUAUGCAGUAUUAUUCAGGAAUCUUGCUUGUGUCAUCCUGCUUUAUGAUUGAGUAGUAGGCAAAGCUUGCUUAGGGUUGUAGGGUGUUAGCCGCAUGAACUGAACACAAAUAAGUGAUCUCAACUAUCUUCAUUCAUAUUGAUCUUACUGCCUGCAUUGAACUGAUCACUUAAUGUUGGAUCUAUGAUUUAAUCCUCUAGCUAACCGUUAGGAGAUAAGUCGACCUAUAUUGAAUGAGCUUAGUAUCCCUAAUCAGCGAGAGUAGAUAUUAGGGUAUUAAGUGAACUAAUCAGAUCUCGCAUCUAAAGCUUGCUUUCGCGUCUUGUUCCAAGCGAGAGCUUAGGAUUCAAGACCGACUCGCAUAGGGAAUAAGAUCACGAUAGUGAGUUGUUCCAGCUGAGUGAUCUGAGUUCUAGAUCGCAUUUCAUCGCACUUGAAUAGUUGUUCAGUUCUGCAAGUAACAUCCGAUUAUUGACCCUAAGCCAGCUUCAUUUAAAUUGAAUUCAAAUUACCUAGGCAUUCUUGUUACUUUUGUCGCAAUUAAUUCUCAAAACCCACUUGUUUCUCAGCUUGACAUUGAACUCAUAAGAGUAAAGAGUAAACUGGUCCUCUGGAUUGAAUCUCAAAUAUUACAAUUACCACUGUUAACUUGACAGUAGCAAGGAUUCAUUUUUAGUGUAUCAAGUUUUGUCGCAAACUAACUUGAGGGGUUUUUACCCAAAUGAAACUUACUUGAGGGGUUUUUAUGUUAAAAUCCCUUAAUAAUUUAAUAACUUUGAAUAUUACCAGCCAAAAUGAAGAAAUUCAUUUUCUAAAUAAGUGAUUAUUUGGAAGAGAAAAUAAGUUCAAAAUACUGCAACAGUUAGUUAGCCUUAAGAACAGCGCAAAGUAUUACUCUAAGUACCAUUAAUAGCAAAUUCCAUUUCUUGUAUAAGCAUAAAUGUUACAGUAAAACGUAAUAAUAAAAAUACAAUAGACAAAGAGCCAAAGCUUUUAAAAGCAGUUGACUAAUUUAUUGUAAUCUGUUUUAAACAAGAGAGAAAGAGUCUGAUCCAUGGCUGCAGCUAGAGAGUUUAUCAUAUGUUGCCUCUUAUCACUUCUUUUGUGCACUUCUUUCAUGCGAGUCGUGUCUAGUGUUGCGGACGUCAGCAGAGGAGGAUGUGGCGGCGGCGAUGGAAGUCUCCGGGACGAUAAUGAGCGGUGUUUGGAGGAGGUCAAAGAUGACGAUGAUGAUGACGUGGAUAAUGUUUACAAAGUGAUUAACAAGAUGAGGAUAUAUGCUUGAAUCUUGAUCAUGCAUGGUUGCAUCAGUUCAUUAUAUAGUCAUACUUUUCUUUUUUUUUGUUUAAAUUUUAUUUUCUCAAGUUUGUUUCUUUUUUUUUUCUGUGGUCGAUUCUUCUGUACUCUUUUUUGUAAAAGAUUCUUCUGUAUUUUUCUUAAUUUAAUUAUGUCUUUCAUCUUAAACUUGAGAUAACUACUUUAGAGCUUCUCCAACGGCAAGUUCUAGACAAUUAUAUAACCAAAUAAAAAUAU